ACUACUUCAAACCACUGGCCUGUCCCUCCGUUUUGUAUCAAGACCCUGAGAAUAAAAUACACAUGGCACAGAUUGUAACAUUUUUUCAGAUGCUGUUAGCGCUGCUACUUCAUGAUUAUAUCUCAGCUGAAGAUGGUGAAACGAGAGCAAGUUGCCGAACUGCUCCGGCAGAUUUAGUUUUUAUCUUGGACGGCUCUUACAGUGUUGGCCCAGAAAACUUUGAAAUAAUCAAAAGUUGGCUUGUCAAUAUUACAAGAAAUUUUGACAUAGGGCCAAAGUUUAUUCAAGUUGGAGUUGUGCAGUACAGUGAUUACCCUGUACUUGAAAUUCCCCUUGGAACUCAUGAAUCCACUGAGAACCUCAUCAGGGAAAUGGAGUCCAUACAUUAUCUGGGAGGAAAUACAAGAACAGGAAGAGCUAUUCAGUUUGCCUUUGACCAUCUUUUUGCAAAAUCUUCACGAUUUUUAACAAAAAUAGCAGUGGUUCUCACUGAUGGAAAGUCCCAAGACGAAGUCAAAGAUGUAGCAGCAGAAGCAAGGAAAAAUAAGAUCACUUUGUUUGCAAUUGGUGUUGGCUCAGAGAUUGAGGAGGAUGAACUUAAAGCUAUUGCCAAUAAACCUUCAUCAACUUAUGUGUUUUAUGUUGAAGACUAUAUUGCAAUAUCAAGAAUUAAAGAAGUUAUAAAACAGAAACUCUGUGAAGAAUCUGUUUGUCCAACAAGAAUUCCAGUGGCAGCUCGAGAUGAAAAAGGAUUUGACAUUCUUGUAGGAUUAGGUGUGAAGAAAAAAGUUAAAAAGAGAAUUCAAAUAUCAACCACUAAUGCAAAAGCUUAUGAAGUAACCUCACGUGUUGACCUCUCAGAAUUAACAAGGAAUGUGUUUCCAGAAGGUCUUCCUCCAUCCUAUGUGUUUGUUUCCACUCAGAGAUUUAAAGUAAAAAAGACAUGGGAUUUGUGGAGAAUCCUGAGUCUAGAUAAGAGACCACAGAUAGCAGUCACUGUUAAUGGAGAAGAGAAAACAUUAUCAUUCACUACAACAAGUUUAAUAAAUGGUACACAAGUUAUUACAUUUGCUGCACCUCAUGUAAAGACAUUGUUUGAUGAAGGCUGGCAUCAAAUUCGUCUCUUGGUAACAGAAGACUUUGUAACUUUGUAUAUAGAUGGCCAAGAAAUUGAAACAAAGCCAUUGCAUCCUGUUUUAGGUAUUUACAUCAGUGGCCUAACCCAAAUAGGGAAGUAUUCUGGAAAGGAGGAAACAGUACAGUUUGAUAUCCAAAAACUGCGAAUCUACUGUGAUCCAGAGCAAAAUAAUCGAGAAACAGUCUGUGAGAUCCCAGGAUUUAAUGGAGAGUGCAUGAAUGGUCCCAGUGAUGUAGGCUCAACACCUGCCCCCUGCAUAUGCCCACCAGGAAAGCAAGGACCUCCAGGCCCCAAAGGUGACCCUGGGCAGCCUGGGAAUCAUGGUUAUCCUGGUCUGCCUGGUCCAGAUGGUAAGCCUGGAUAUCAGGGAUCAGCAGGAACUCCAGGUAUCCCAGGAACUCCAGGGGUUCAAGGACCUCGUGGCUUGCCCGGUAUCAAGGGAGAACCAGGAAAAGAUGGGGCAAAGGGUGACAGUGGACUACCUGGUUUUCCUGGAUUACAUGGGAUGCCAGCACCAAAGGGAGAAAGAGGUCCUAAAGGAGAUCAAGGAGUGCCAGGAAUAUAUGGAAAAAAGGGUUCAAAAGGAGAGAAGGGUGAUACAGGGUUUCCAGGACUGCCUGGGCGAUCUGGAGACCCUGGCAGAAAUGGGAAAGAUGGAUUACCGGGCAGUCCUGGCUUCAAGGGAGAAGUUGGGCAGCCUGGGUCUCCAGGCCCCGAAGGACAUCGAGGAGAGCCUGGAAUUCCUGGAAUUCCUGGAAAUCAAGGAGCAAAAGGACAAAAGGGUGAAAUUGGACCUCCAGGUCAACCAGGAGCAAAAGGGUCACCAGGAGAUACCGGUUUGAUGGGACCAGAAGGUUCACUUGGUCUACCUGGAGCUCCUGGGCCCAAGGGUGAUAAAGGCGAACCAGGAAUACAGGGGAAACCAGGAUCAUCAGGAGCCAAGGGUGAUCUAGGAGUACCAGGGGCUCCAGGUGAACCAGGCUACCCAGGCAUUCCUGGUACCCAGGGAUUAAAGGGGGAGAAAGGAAGCCAAGGUGACACUGGUAUCCAGGGACUGAAAGGAGAAAAAGGAAGACAAGGAAAUCCAGGCUUACAGGGAGUAGAAGGAUUUAGGGGAGAACGAGGAGAGAAGGGUGCAAAAGGAGAUCCAGGCAUUCGAGGCAUCAGUGGACAAAAAGGAGAAUCUGGUGUCCAGGGUUUGAUUGGACCUCCUGGCCUCAGAGGUCAGCCAGGAGAUAGAGGACCCCCAGGACCACCUGGAUCAGAUGGAAAACCUGCACGAGAAUUUUCAGAAGAGUUUAUUCGACAGGUGUGUUCAGAUGUACUGAGAACCCAGUUGCCUGCCAUUCUCCAGAGUGGAAGACUACAAAACUGUAACCAUUGUCAGUCCCAAAGUGCUGCCCCAGGACUUCCAGGACCACCAGGUCCAAGAGGCCCUGAAGGCCCAAGAGGGUUUCCUGGUUUACCAGGGAAUGAUGGCAUUCCAGGGCUGAUGGGCAUGCCAGGUCGCCCUGGGGCUCGUGGGACAAGAGGCCUGCCAGGGAAGAAUGGUGCAAAAGGCAACCAAGGAGUUGGUGUUCCUGGGAUCCAGGGCCCCCCAGGACCUCCAGGUCCUGAAGGUCCACCAGGCAUGAGUAAGGAAGGACGUCCUGGAGAGCGUGGGCAGCCUGGGAAAGAUGGAGAUCGUGGCACUCCAGGAAUGCCAGGACCAGUUGGACCCCCUGGAAUUUGUGACCCAUCACUGUGUUUUAGUGUAAUUGUGGGAAGAGAUCCAUUUAGAAAAGGACCAAAUUAUUAAUUUGUGAUAUGAUAAUUUAGAGGAAUAGCUAUGGUGCUUAUCUUUCAUGGUCUUUCAAAUCUCAGGAAGG